AGGCGUUUCAAGCCAUCUAGAACAGUUCAGAGAGCCAGAACCAUGACUCUCUUAACCGAGGACCAGCAACCUUGCAGGUUCUCUGCACCAGACAGCCCUGUCACAUCCAUGGAACACUACCCAACUGAUUUGGGACCAAAUGGGGACUAUGUGGACACCAUGAAACCAGCUGUGUUUGGAGCAGUGGAGCCUCCUAAGAGGUCCAGAGGAAGGCUUAUCAUGCACGGCAUGGUCAUGUUUGGAAGGGAAUUUUGCUACGCUGUUGAGGCUGCAUUUGUCACACCGGUGUUGCUUAGUGUUGGACUCCCAAAGCACCUGUACAGUCUGGUGUGGCUCAUUAGCCCUAUUUUGGGAUUCAUCCUGCAGCCUGUCAUUGGUUCGGCAAGCGACUACUGUAGGUCCCCAUGGGGCCGGAGGCGACCAUACAUACUGUUACUGGGGAUUAUGAUGUUAGUUGGCUUAACUUUAUUUCUAAAUGGCGAUGCUGUGACAUCAGCCGCAGUACAGGACAGAGAUCUGAAAAGUACAUGGGCCAUCGUGGUCGUCAUGUUUGGGGUGGUGAUGUUUGAUUUUGCAGCAGACUUCAUUGAUGGGCCCAUUAAAGCCUAUUUGUUUGAUGUGUGUUCUCAUCGGGACAAAGAGAGAGGUCUACAUUAUCAUGCCUUACUCACAGGUCUUGGUGGAGCUUUUGGCUAUCUGAUUGGAGCCAUGGACUGGGGUCACUCAGCUUUAGGUGUUGUGCUGGGCUCAGAGUACCAAGUCAUCUAUUUCUUUUCAUCGCUUACCUGGGGUGUCUUUCUCACCAUACACCUUUUCAGCAUCCCAGAGAUACCACUGAGCAAAGACCACAGAUCAGACUCCUCAAACUCUCUGCUCAUGGAAAUCCCACAAAAUAACGGUUAUGGUGCAGUGCCCAAAGAACCGCUACUUUUGCCUGAAAUGAGGCAGCGCUCAUUCUCCGCACUCAGUGAAGCGAAUGCAGUUACACCUAGUGCCAAGCAGCCGAACAGCGAGGUUCAGAAGAGGAUGACCCUGAAAUCUUUACUGUCAGCAAUGAUUAGCAUGCCCAGCCAUUACCGCUAUCUGUGUAUGAGUCAUCUGCUGGGAUGGACUGCCUUCCUGUGCAACAUGCUCUUCUUCACUGACUUUAUGGGGCAGAUUGUGUACAGGGGAAACCCAUAUGCUGAGCAUAAUUCCACCUCCUAUGUGAUUUAUGAGAGAGGGGUUGAGGUCGGUUGCUGGGGCCUUUGCAUCAACGCUGUCUCCUCUGCUCUCUAUUCAUAUGUGCAGAGACUGCUCCUGCCUUAUAUUGGCCUGAAGGGACUAUACUUCCUUGGCUACUUUAUGUUUGGUUUGGGAACUGGUCUGAUUGGCCUGUUUCCAAACAUUGUUGCCACCCUGACACUGUGCAGUGUGUUUGGUGUUAUGUCCAGCACUCUCUACACCAUCCCAUUCAACCUCAUUUCUGAGUACCACAAAGAGGAAGAGGAGCGAAGGAAACUGGGCAGUGAAGAUCCAGCUCUUGGGGGCCGUGGUAUUGGCAUGGACUGCGCAGCUCUUACCUGUAUGGUGCAGCUAGCUCAGGUCAUAGUGGGAGCUGGACUUGGAGCCCUGGUCAACCUAGCAGGCAGCGUUAUUGUGGUGGUGCUCUCUGCCUCGACAGUUUCCCUUAUUGGCUGCCUCUUUAUUGCUAUCUUUAUGUAAUGCAUGGACUAAACAAUAAAUAAACACUGUUCUCUAUUUUAUGUGGUCCAUUAUUAAAAAA